CCGACAAGAAGCUACUAUUAUAAAAGACGGUCAGCCUUAUCUCGUCGGUGGGUGAACUAUCAUGAUGAGUGAUUUAUUUGUGUUAAUGGAAUUAUUAACAUCAUCGUCAUCAAGUUAUGAAGACGAAUUAAUGUAUUUGGAUGUAGUACAACGUAAAGAAAGACAGAGCGAAAGUGAAAAAUUACAUAGAAGAGGUUGUGCGAAAAAUGUCCGAUAAAACGUUUAAAAGUCAUUUCCGAAUGUCACGGGAGACGUGCUACGAAAUAAUUGAGAAAUUCGAAAGAUCAACAUUCUAUCCGAGUGACAGGUCUCAUGGUGGAACGCCAAUUUCAUCAGCAGAAAAACAUGUGUUAUUGUUUAUAUGGUUUACGGGAAACAAAUGCUCGCUUCGGCAAGUAGGAGAUCGGUUUGAUGUAAGCAUCUCAACUUGUGAAUGUGUGCUGCAAAGGGUGAUGGAUUUUCUGUACGAUAUAUCUAAAGACAUAAUUACAUUCCCACUUACUUCAGAAGAGAAACAUACUGUUGCCGAAAAUUUUAAAAAGAUUUUUGGUUUUGAUAGAGUAAUUGGAUGUAUCGAUGGUUCGUACAUCAACAUUCGUACUCCUGCACAUAAAUCGCGGACGACAUACGCAAACAGAUAUCAUACGACAAGCAUAGUUUUGCAAGCAGUAUGCGACGACAGAAAAAGAUUUCUUGAUGUUUUCACAGGAGUUCCUGGAAAACUUCAUGACAGUCGAACUUUCAAAUUAUCAUUUUUAAAACAGAAUAUAGAGGAGAUUUGCGAAAAUGGAAGUUUUCAUUUAUUAGGUGACAGUGCCUAUCCUAUAAGAGAAUUUCUCAUGACACCUUACAAGGAUUUCGGAAAUUUAACACCGUCACACAUAAAAUUUAACGAAAAAUUGUCAGCGACUAGAGUUAAAAUCGAAAAUGCAUUCGGAUUGUUAAAAGGUAGAUUUCGGCAACUAAUGUUAUUGGAUUUUCACACUGUUUAUAAAAAUGAGUCGUUUCAUUAUAGCGUGUUGCGUAUUACAUAACAUGUGUAUUGAUUCGAACGAUUUAUUUCGAUGUGAUGACGUGUUAAACGAAGAACAGUUUAAUGAGCCAGUAGAACUUGAAGAUAAUGAAACUAUAUUAAGGCAACAGGGUGAAAGAAAGCGCGAUGAAAUCCGCAACCGAAUGAAUAGAUGACUGCAAAUAAAUAUUGUUAUUUUAUGUUUAUAAAUAAAAAUAUAUUUAUAAAUAACGUCAUGUUUAUAAAAAAAAUACACUGCACUUACUAUUCACG